AUGUCGUCCAGAACAUCGCGCGGUGCCCCUCCUUCGGGCAGCUCCUCUACGGCACCCCCCUCCAGCGGUCGUUCCAACGAGUACUUCGUCCCACGAGAUGGUAUUGAUCGCGAGGUCAUCACGGCAGACAUCUGCCGCUACCUCGGAAACGAUGCUUUGGUGCGACCCGGUCACUACGAGAACCCUCAAACCGGCCAAGUGGUUCAAGGCUACUACAUCACCGCGUACCGGAACCUAACAACAGCUAUGAUUGAUGAUCUCAAGGCCGAUUCUGCGCGUUGGGAGGCAGAGAGGCGGCAGCAGGCCGCCCGGAACACCCAAGGAGGUACAUUUGCCUCGAGAGACGCGGCGGCUCCCUCUUUGUCGAGACGAUCUAACUCCCCUACAGCAGGGUACCGCCAGUCGGAGACUCAUUCCGCGCGCCAACACUAUGGCCCCACGGAUCCCGCUGGCUACCCGGACGUAGGACGUGAUUCCUAUGAAAACACACCCAGAUACCCAGGUUCUCAAGCCCCAGGAUACUCGGGAAAUGCUGCGCAGGGUUACUCUGGAUCAUCUGCUGCUGGUUACUCCCAACAGGCCCCGUCUCCUUAUUCUUCAAGUGCUGGGUACUCCUACCCAUCGGGAGGUUCUGCCUUCUCUCCCCAGUCGGACCCGAGAGAUCCCAGAUACUCUGGAACUCCCCAGUACGGAGGAGAGCCGUACACUGCCGUCAACGCGAACAUGGCCGCUUCGCGCAACUUUGACUCCUAUGGUUCCUCUGGACAGCCCGCAAGGAUUCCCACCACUAUGGCUCCUCAGUCGGGACAGACUUACAUUCCAUCCGGAUCUCAAGCUCAGGCAGGUUACCCCUCCGGCUACUACCCGCCGUCAUCGCAGGCGCCCUACGGAGCUGCGCCAGUAUCCCAAGAUCCGUUGUACGGACGCGCGUCCCCAGCAGGUGCCGCUCACCCUUCGUCGUACAGCUCAGGCCAAGGAUCACAGUAUGAUACAACCCCAACCCCCCGCGCUUCGGCUACCCCUUCGAAUUCCAAUGCUCAGAUGGGAAACAGUGGAUCAUCCUCGUCGCACUCCCGCCGCAGUGAGAGGGACUCCGACAGGCAUCACACAUCCGACCGCCACCGCCCUCCGCGUCGCUAA